AUAUUCAUCAAUGUAACAUGAGUUCAGAGAUAGAACUAAUGCCAGCUGUUGAUAUCCAUAUAACCUGCUGCAGUGAUAUAAGGUUUGGUGAAAAGUCUGAAUAUAACCUGGAUCUGAAAACAUCUUUGUGUAAUACAGGAUUUAUCAGAUGCAAUACAGGAAAUUUGAUCGGGAUAUGUAAAACUGUAAUUUUAAAAUCUGAUUCGACAUCAACUUUCAUGAAUCAAAAUGAUAGUCUUGGACAAUACAGUCUUAUCGGAGUUUUUCAGAAUGAGAGUUGGCUUGUCUCAAAUAAGAUUGGUGGAGUCCACGGUGGAGUUCAAAAUAGAGGAACAUCAGAAAACCUUCCGUACAAUUUGCUGACAAGCUGGGAAUAUGCUGAUUUAUCUACAGCUGGUUGGCAAUGGAGAUAUGAUGGUACUAUGGAACUGGUUUGUGAAUCUGAACCCUGUAGUAAACACAAGUGUGGACAGAACGCAAUCUGCACACAAACAACUGAACGUAGAGUUUGUACAUGCAAAGAAGGAUUUACAGGAGACCCAGUGUUUAGAUGUUUCCCGAUAGAGUAUGAUAAACAAUGCGACUGUAAAAAGCUAACGGUUGAUAGUACAGGAGACUCAAACCUCGUUCAACCCAAUAAGAUGGGAGAAUACUUUCUUUAUGGAACUGACCAAGGAUCUAAUGUUUAUCAACAUGUGAGUGGGCUGGAAUUUCUGUUUCAG